AUGGAGUCCUUCUACCGCACGAGCUAUCUGGCGGCAGCGUUCCGGGACUGCGUGAUACGGAGCUUCAGCCCUGACUCUAAGAUCGAGUUCGACAUUCAGUUCGAGACGCCCGUGUUUCCAAACCUACAGAGCUACAUUCUGUCCGUGUUCGAGUCCCAGGCGCCACGUCUCAACAUGUCUGGUCACAACGUGCUGGAUGUAGGGGAUCUGUACCUUAUAUGGGGCAACUACUCCUACGUCAUCGUAACCCCUGACCCGGAAAUCAGCACAAUCACCUGGGUGCCGCCAUCUUCCUUCGUUCCGACGUCGACUAUACAGCCCGAGCCGACGUCAACCAUUGUGAUGACGUCAUCUGUCGUUCCAACAACGCCCGCACCACGUGACUGGGUGGUGGCCAUGUUCAACUACUCUAUGUUCGACUUCACGUGGAUGCCGGAACUCGCUGACCGGACCUCGAUGUUGUACAAACUGUACGAGAACAAGUUCUGUAAUGAUAUAGAGAGAUUCUACCGCCCCACCUAUCUCAACAGAGCCUUCAGGGACUGUGAGAUCACGUCAUUCGGAAAGGACUCUGAAACGAUCGAGUUCCGUGUGUCUUUUGACACUCCAGUGUUCCCCAGUCUGCAAGGAGACAUCUUGUACUUCCUGGAAGACGCCGCCCCGAGGUUUAACAUCUCCACCUACACCGUCAUGGACGUAGGCGACAUCUACCUCAUCUGGAAAAACUUCUCGUACGCCAUCAUCACCCCGGAGCCGAUCAUCACCACCAUCAUGUGGACGCCAUCUUCAUCAAUAACACCCACGAGUACAACGCAGGUGACUACGCCGUCAAUCACCCCGACCACGCCAACCACUACAACAGAGGACCCGUCACUGAACUGGCUCCACGCCAAAUUUGACUUCCGGUUGUUGGACUUCAGCUAUCUCCCUGACCUCGCUGACCCCAACUCCCAACUCUACCAGAUAUACGAGCGCAAGUUCUGUGAUGACAUGCGGCGGUUCUACGACCAGAGUUACCUGUCCAUGGUGUACCGGGGAUGCAAGAUACGGGAGUUCCACCCUGACGGCCGUAUCCAGUACCACCUUGCCCUGGAGACGCCAGUGUUUCCCAACCUGAUGUCGGAUAUCAUCGCCACGCUGUACAAGGGCGCUCCCAAGAUGGACAUCCGCCAGCACGAGGUGCUGGAUGUCGGGGGCCUCCUGCUGGUGUGGAGCAACUACACCCUCCAGAUUGUCCCCCCUCAGCCAUACAGCACCACCCUCUUCUGGACCCCACCGAGCUCCACACCUCCCGUUACCACGACUACCAUUGAGUCCAGCUUUUCCUCAGUGGAAAUGACGUCAUCCAUAUAUACAACGCCAGAGCCCCCAGAAUACGUGUUGGCGAUAUUCCGAUUUGGUCUGCUAGACUUCCCCUAUCACCCUGAUCUGGCCAACAAGGACUCCAUGCUGUUCAAGCUCGUUCAGAAAAAGUUCUGUGAUGAUAUCCGGAAACUGUACCAACGAACGUAUUUGUCCGUGGUGUUCCGAGAAUGUCAUAUAUCAGAGUUUGGCACUGAUCCGGAUACGUUCAAAUUCUACAUCGCUUUCGAGACGCCGGUGUUUAAUCGGCUCCAGGGCGACAUCUUGAACGUCCUGGAGACGGAGGCACCCCGGCUGAACAUGUACGGCUACACCGUAUUAGACAUCGGGGAGCUCUUCCUCAUGUGGGCCAACUUCUCCUAUAUCCUUGUGGACAAGAGGAUGAAGAGCACCAUCCAGUGGGCGCACACCGUCACACCGACGUCCACGUACACCACACAGUCCACAAUCACUACAACGACGAUGCCUACUACGACUGAAGCUACCUACCAGCUGAAGCUUUCUUUUGAGGUCCUGAACCUGACGAUGUCGGAAACGUUACGCAACGUGAACUCUGCCGAGUUCAAACUAAGGGAACAGUUAUUCUGUAAUGACAUAUCGCAGUUGUUGUUGAAUCAUCCGUUCAAGUUCCCCGACUACAAGUCGUGUCGAUUCGACCAGUUCACGAGCGACCCGUUGAGAAUAAACUACAGCCUCGUUUUCAUCGGACAACAACCGGAAGAGAUGAGUGAGAGGGUUGUGGGUAUUCUGAUAGAGGGCGCUCCGAGAGAGAACUAUUUGGAUCUGAUUGGCUUACGCGUUGGGAACAUGCUUAUAGCCAUAGACAACUUCACGGUUCACAUCCACGACUACUCAACGCUACCUCCACUCUUCACGACACCGCCGGUGUCUUAUGAUGCUCUGUUGUACAACAUCACCUUCAAGAUGUUCCCCGGGAACUACAGCACGGCGAUGCAGGAUACCUCAUCAAGCUACUACCGGCAAAUCACAAAGAGAUUCUGUUCCGAGAUCCGGCAAUAUUUUGGAAACAGUUAUGUUCGUGACCGAUAUUAUAGCUGCAAAGUUGAUGGCAUUACAGGCGGAAGGAAUCCCACCCUCAAUGCCAACGUUAUCGUGUCGGGAACAUACGACUUCGGCGCCCCCCUCAUCUACGACGUCAUCAACUCCUCGGCGUCUGUGUUUAACUUCGGCGGCAGACGCUGGUUGAGAAUUGGAGACUUCCUGUUAUACGCCGACUCCCCGGGGGAGUCGAUCCUGAUACAGUGGGGCUACAUAUCAACAACACCCGCCCCCACCACCCCCCUCCCCUCGACGUUCACCAUCUUGGAUCUCAGAGCCAACAUACUCAACAUGACCUACAACCCCGCCUUUGCUCUCACCUCCUCGGCAGCCUUCAGAUCUUACGCCAUACCCUUCUGUCAGUUCCUGGGUAAGAAAUUCACAGAGAGGAACCGGUUCCCUGACUACUUCGGAUGUCGUGUUGUGUCAAUUAGCAACAACCCCUUUUCGGUGAGGUUCAGUCUGAGGUUCCGGGGGAUGCAGGAGGAGUUUCUACAGGCGCUGGUGCCCGACAUCCUCAUUGAGUGGACGCGGACCCCGGAGGCAGACCGUCUGAUUGUGGGGCCCCUGACGCUGGACGAGCGGUCUAUCAGGGUGAAGCAGAGAUACAUAUCCGAUGGAAACAUCGUCACCCGCGGGCCACUCAGGACAACGCCCUCUGUGUUUAUACCGACUACACCUGCUCCACCUACGACGACUGCAGGUUCGAACCCAUGUCCGCCUGGAGCCUUCAACACCAUCGAACCACACCGGAGUCAGUGCAACAAGUUCUACCUUUGCAAUGGCGGCGUUGCCAUGGAGAUGACCUGUGCCCCAGGUCAGAUCCUGGACGCUGUGUACAGAAUGUGUAUAUUGAAGCCCCCAGGUCACGUGUGUCAAUUGUAAUGGACGUUCGAGGACGGAUAUUUCUGUCACUGACACGCCCUCUUUGUCCUGAGGGGUCGUUCGCCUCACUCACAGAGCCUUUGUUUUCACCCCUCCCUUUGGCAGCAUGAGAUGAAUAUUUUUAGAAUAUAAGCUGACAUUUUUAACAAAUUCUAGCAACCAUAACUGAUUUUGAAAUUUUGCUCAUUUUGUCAUUGUUUUUGGUAAAAGUUAGAUGAAGAGACACAGGGUAUCGAAAAAUGUGUUUUAAUGGAUAUUUGCAUAUCACUUGAAAUAAAAGAAACACAUAGCAAAUAGUGUUUU